AUGGUUCACAAGGGAGUAAGGCCCAAUCAUUUCACCUACCCAUCUGUUCUCAAAGCGUGUGCUGAGCAAUCAACUCUUGAUUUCGGAAGAGAAGUUCACAAAUCUAUCGAUGCUAGCUCUCUCAGGUGGGACUUGUUUGUGCAGAAUUCAUUGGUAUCCAUGUAUGCAAAGUGUGGCGAUCUGGAAACCUCCCGUUGUAUUUUCGAAACAAUGCCGACUAGGGACCAAGUCUCAUGGAACUCAAUAAUCUCAGGAUAUGCCUAUAGAGAUUUGUGGGAUGAGGCUUUUAAGAUUUUUGAAAGGAUGAGAGCAACUCGUACGGACAUAAACAUCAUAACAUGGAACACUGUGGCUGGAGGAAGAGAACUUCAUGGAUCGGCCAUUCAAAAUGCUUCCAUUGACUAUGAUAAUGUGAAAAAUGCACUGAUUACCAUGUAUUCCAGUGGGACCAUCCCGAAGAAGCCACGUAUCUCUUUAAAGAACUGUUGCUUGUCGGCAUUAAACCGAAUUUCGUGA